AUGUCUUCUGACUGGGGCUCUUGGUUUUAUUCUUCAGGUAAUGCUCGGUCUUCGAUCGACGACUCCAACCGCAGUGACGUCCACAGCGGCGAGGAUGAGACCGUCGAGCCCGAUCAGGGAAAUGUGCUUUCGCACAUCAUCUCCCAGUUGCGACCGGGUGCAGACUUGAGUCGAGUCGUUCUUCCUACAUUCAUUCUCGAGCCACGAUCCAUGCUAGAAAGAAUAACCAACUUCAUGGCACACCCCGAAACACUCCUUCCUAUGACCACCAUCGAUGACCCCCUCGAGCGCUUCGUGUCCGUUGUCCGGUUCUACCUAAGUGGGUGGCAUAUCAAGCCUCCAGGCGUGAAGAAGCCGCUAAACCCAAUCCUCGGAGAGACCUUCACCGGAUACUGGGAAUAUCCCGAUGGCACGCGCGGGUAUUACGUCGCCGAACAGACCUCGCACCACCCGCCCAAGUCGAGCUAUUUCUUCAUGGCCCCUGAACACAACAUCCGGAUAGACGGGACUUUGAAACCGCGUAGUAAGUUCCUGGGCAAUUCCGCAGCUAGUCUGAUGGAAGGUGUUGCCGUCUUACGGCUUCUGAACAAAGGUCAGAACCAGGAGAAAGGCGAACGAUAUAUCCUGACGCAGCCCAACAUGUACGCCCGCGGUAUUCUCUUCGGGAAGAUGAAGUAUGAACUCGGAGAUCACAGUUAUGUCCGAUGCCCGGAAAACGACCUGGUUGCGGACAUUGAGUUCAAGACUAAGGGCUACUUUUCCGGUACUUACAAUGCGAUUGGCGGGACCAUCAAGAACGAAAAGACCGGAGAGGUAUACUACGAGCUUUCUGGUAUGUGGAACGGGGUGAUGACCAUUAAGAAUGUCGCGACACACAAGAAAGAAACACUUUUCGACGCAGUACAUGCCAAGCACACCCCUCCCCUGCACCGACCGAUUGAAGAGCAAGGUGACCGGGAAUCACAAAAGUUAUGGUACGACACGGUCCAGGCAAUCAUUGCCCGCGAUCACGACGCCGCAACAGAUUCAAAGACCGCGAUUGAGGAUCGCCAACGUGAAGAAGCAGCCAAGAGAACCGAACAAGGAGUUGAAUGGCAACCAAAACUCUUCCGUCAUGUCCAAGGAGGCCCUGGUGGCCCGGACGAGGGCGAGGAAGACCUAGACUGGAUCAUUGAUGCGAAGGUUGAACCUCACAACCCCGAGGUUGCCAUCAAACAAAUCCUAUCCAUCGCCCCGAUUCUGCCAGGCCAGAAGAACGAAAUUCCCGCGGCAAGCCAAUAAACACAUGGCCACUGAUGUCGUGCGACAAUAGGGUUGCAAGUCCUCAGCGGAUUCCGGGCAAUGAAAUACGGACGCGCUCUCGACCGUCUCGACUCGCUGCAGGUGGCAGCGUUAGACCUACCGUGGUCUGGUGUAUUUUUUUAUUAUUACUUCAAUACCAUAAUUAUUUUUACGUGUGAUGCAAGCCAGCGAUCUGGACCGGGGUAGUUAACCUGCUCAGAAGACUAUGGACGGUCGUGAUGAUCCCUGUGGCCCCGCAUUUUAUCUUGUCGACUGAUUUACUUGCAUUUAUAUACAAUACGCUGGAUACCCGAUUUGAUUUUACAAGACUGGAAAAAGUUUGGAAGACGGACGCGCGGGA